ACAGGGCGAAAAAACUCAAUGCUGCUUAGCUUGGUUUCAAACUUACAGGGCGGUUUUGCGCUAACAUGCUUCUGCCAACCGUGGUUUUGGUCGCUUUUUAUCUCAACAGUGUUAAGUUUCGUUUUAUUCUUUGUCCCAUCAAAAAUAGUAAAAGCUGCUCCAGGGAAUGACACUUUGGCCAUGUCACAACAGAGUAUGGAUGACUCUGAGUGGUCUACUGAUAUUCGCGUCAGAUGCGCGCCUGCGUUGGCCCUGGCUGUGGGCCUGACACAAUUUUUUAUGGGAUUAUUACAACUUGGCAUUGUCACUCGAUACCUCUCUGGCCCGAUGAUAUCAGGAUACACCGUGGGAGUCGCAUGUCACGUGCUAACAAGUCAAGUCACCACAAUACUUGGAGUACAAAUUCAGAAACCCAGUGGAAUUUUUGCACUUCCGAAAACCUAUUACGAAGUGUUCAAGGCCAUCACCACAGCAAAUCUUGUAACAAUCGGGCUGUCGGCGGCCUGCAUAACGAUCCUGGCUGUCGUGAAGAAUUGGGUCAACCCACACGUUGUUAGAAAGAUCAAGAUCCCGAUUCCAAUUGACUUGGUUAUUGUCAUUCUAGCGACCGUUAUCUCCCAUUUUUUGGAAUUGAACGCAAAACACAGGGUGAAAGUGGUUGGCUCUGUCCCUAAAGGCAUUCCUCCUCCAAAAGGGCCGGAUCUCUCACUUGUCGGAGACUCCAUCGGUGACGUAAUUGUGAUCGCAAUUGUUUCUUAUUCAGUGAAUAUUUCUUUGACGCGGAUAUUCUCCAAAAGAUUUGACUACGAAGUCGACAGCAAUCAAGAGCUGUUCGCAUUUGGCCUCACCAAUUCCAUCAGUUCGUGCUUUCACGCUUUUCCCUCGGCUGCAUCUCUCUCACGGUCAGCUGUCCAAGUUGCUGCUGGAGGUAAAACUGAAGUGACCACAGUUUUCUCAUCCAUUCUUCUUCUCUUCGUGCUGUUUUUCAUUGGCCCGCUUUUCUAUUCUGUGCCAAACUGCUGUUUAUCCGCCAUUAUUGUCGUCGCUUUGAAGGGGAUGUUUAUUCAUGCGCUGGAGUUGAAGACCCUAUGGAAAUAUUCGUUUUGGGAUUUCGGCACAUGGAUUUUCACCUGUGUAUGUACGGUAUUGCUGGAUGUGACUUUUGGUCUAUUAGCAGGCGUGGCUUUCUCUAUCCUGACUAUCAUAUUACGAACGCAGUGCCCGAAGAUACGGACACUGGGCCGAGCGGAUGACACGGAGUUUUAUCGUGACGUGAGACGGAAUGACCUGGCAAAAGAAUCGGACACCAUCAAGGUUGUACGUUACGAAGGCAGUAUUUAUUACGCCUCAGCAGAGAAUUUUCGCCAGUCGGUUUUUCAGAAGUCUGGAAUGGAUCCUGCAAAAAUAUUCGCCAAGCUGCAGAAAGUUCGCGCAAAACUCGAUAGGUUGGCUAAACAUGACGGAGCUGAACAAACGAAAUUAUCUCCAGCAGUGAUAGACCGUAUCGCAUCCACUGAACCGAGAAAAUUAGAAGAGGAUAAGUUCAGCAUACCUAUUGAACCCCCCAGCCCAGAGCCUUCACAAGGUUCUUACCAGAAACUGUCGAAUAAGUUAUGCGCUCUGCAAAACCGCUGUACACUGCAGCAUCUCAUUCUGGACUGUUCUUGCUGGAAUUUCAUUGAUUUUGUUGGUGCGGAAGAAUUGCAACAACUCGUCAGUGAUUAUCAGAAACUUGGUGUGACGGUGUCUCUUUGUGGUAUGUCAGAUACUCUUAUCAGUCUAUUGUUGCGGAACGAGAAACUGACGGUCGAAGUUCCAUUCUAUCCAUCCAUUCACGAUGCCAUGUUGAAGUGUCAAAGCCAACUGGUGGACAAAAGCGAACACCAACGGAACCUGCAAAAAGAUUUUGUACGAAACCUAUCAAAUGUGAUGGUGUCCACGCCAGACUGUGAUGCCCAAACAGACAGCCUAAAUGAAGAUGAACCCGGUCCAAAUUUUCAAAGCGGAAUCUGCAGAUGAUGUGAAUAAAAAUGAAUAUUUUAUGGUAUAAAACAGUGUUUUUUUAAUGAAAACAAGCAGCAUAUAAAGAUUUUUUCAUCUAACUGAUGUAUUUCAUUACAGCCUUGAUCCAAUAAACUUGCUAUAUUUAUCGAACAUUCAGUGAUUUCCUCGAGCGACUUUUUU